CUGAGAUGCUCAACUUGCGAGGAGCCGCGGAGCACCGAGCGCUCUCGGUUCCCUCCUCAGUCGACGGGAUCCUACGGCGGACUGGGGCGCAACCCCUCCUCCUUUGCAACCCCGCAGUGCCCCUGGCCCGGGGAAUAGCCAAGCGGGCUCUGGUGGAGUUUUGAUUCCAUCACCAGGAAGGCUCCAGAACCGGAGCAGAGGGCUCCAAAGGACCGGAGGAAAGAACCAGGAGGGAGCGCGUAAGAAAGAAAGAAAGAAAAAAAAAAAAACCCGGACGUUUCCAUCCCUCGGAUCCCACCGUCGGCCGGAGCAGAUUUGCAAUAUCAGGCUUGGCAAUGCCGUUUGGAUGUGUUACCUUGGGAGAUAAGAAGGAUUAUAACCAGCCAUCUGAGGUGACUGACAGAUAUGAUCUGGGACAGGUAAUCAAAACAGAGGAGUUUUGUGAGAUAUUCCGUGCCAAAGAGAAAUCGACAGGCAAGCUUUAUACUUGCAAGAAGUUUCUGAAAAGAGAUGGGCGCAAAGUGCGAAAGGCAGCCAAGAAUGAGAUCAUCAUCCUGAAGAUGGUAAAGCACCCCAACAUUCUACAACUGGUGGAUGUGUAUGUUACCCGGAAAGAGUAUUUCCUCUUCUUGGAGCUGGCCACUGGUCGAGAGGUAUUUGAUUGGAUCUUGGACCAAGGGUACUACUCUGAGCGUGACACUAGUAAUGUCAUCAGGCAGGUCUUGGAGGCUGUGGCAUACCUGCAUUCACUGAAGAUUGUACACAGGAAUCUCAAGCUAGAAAAUUUAGUAUAUUACAACCGCCUGAAGAAUUCUAAGAUUGUGAUCAGUGACUUUCACCUAGCCAAGUUGGAGAAUGGGCUCAUCAAAGAACCUUGUGGAACUCCUGAAUAUCUAGCACCUGAAGUGGUGGGGCGCCAACGAUAUGGGCGGCCUGUGGACUGUUGGGCUAUUGGUGUGAUCAUGUAUAUUCUCUUGUCGGGAAACCCACCCUUCUAUGAGGAAAUGGAUGAGGAUGAUUAUGAGAAUCAUGACAAGAACCUAUUUCGCAAGAUCUUGGCUGGAGACUAUGAGUUUGAUCCUCCUUAUUGGGAUGAUAUCUCACAGGCAGCUAAGGACUUAGUAGCCCGUCUGAUGGAGGUGGAUCAAGACCAGAGAAUUACAGCAGAAGAAGCUAUCUCUCAUGAAUGGAUUUCUGGCAAUGCAGCUUCAGACAAGAAUAUAAAAGAUGGAGUAUGUGCUCAGAUUGAAAAGAACUUUGCCAGGGCAAAAUGGAAGAAAGCUGUCCGAGUGACCACAAUGAUGAAGAGACUCCGAGCGCCAGAACACACAGAUGCAGCCAAGCCAACCCUUCCCACUGCUGCCACAACAGAUGGUGCUGCUACAACACAGCCCAACAACACCCCACAGGCUAAACCUGAAGCAGAUAACACAGCUCCAACAACUGAAGCUGCCCGGGUGGCCACAAUGGUAUCAGCCCCUGCAGAAGAAAACCCAGAGGGAAAAACAUCCACAGCUCCAGCAACUAAAGCAGAAACAUCAACAAUGACAUCACCAGGUCCAGCGACAUGCAACGGGGAAGGAACCACUGCCCCCAGUGCCACCCCCGAGUCCUGGAAUGAGGAGACUGGCUGAGUCAGAGAGGAGCCAAGCAGGGGCAGGAUUGUACCUCUCUGUGUUGUAUCUCUCUUGUAAAUAAUCACCGGCAUGGUCCCUCCAAUGUCCUGGCUUCCCAAUCAUUCCCUCUGUGUGUGGCUGUCAGUUUGUCUCACUCUGUGUUUCUCCAGCAGAUUUUCUAUUUUUUAUGUGAUACGAUCCAGAGUGACCCUGAUGGGCUCCAAUAAACAGAUGCUGUGGAGGCCCAAACCACUGCAUGAAAUUCUCUCGUUUCUCUCCCCCCACCCUUUGUCCUUUUCUUCUCUUGCUUUCUUUUUCUUUGUGGAUUUUAUUUGUUUUGUAAGUACAACUGUCCUAAAGGUACUUUUAUUUAUUUUAUGCAUUCCUGAGACCACUUUCAAGACUGCCAUCUUCCCAGACAUUCAGUCACUCACUCACUAUCCAAUUUCUCGGCUCUUUGAGCAUCACUAGAAGAAGCUGAGGCAAGCAGAUGAAACAUAGAAAUCACAUUUUUCAGCUGACCCAUCUGUUGUACCAUAGGGACAUAGUAAAUCAAAAGUCCUUGCAAAACUGCUAACUUUAAUUGGGUAUUACAUAAGUCCAUACAAUACCAUCGUUACUCAGUAGAAAACGUAUGUAGAACUUGUAUGUUCAGCUGCUAUUUAGAACUUCUACUGUAUUUUUGCACUCUCACUCUCUCGCUCUGUGUGUGUGAGAGAGAGAGAGAAAGAGAGAGAGAGAUUUCAUAGAUUGAUUAUUUGAGUCUUUCCUUUGGACAGAUGAAAUUUUUAAAUAUCACUUAUGAGUAGGCUGAGGUAAUGAAGAUGAAAGGCAGUUAUGAUAUGACUUUAGAUUUACUACCUACGGAGUAAGGAUAAGCAAUUAUGUUGCAUGAUUAUAGAUUAUGUAAAUCUGGAAUACAGAAGUCCAGAUUAUUAACAAUAGUUGUUGGACUAAGAGCAACUUUAGGAUACAUGUAACAUGAAUUGACACCAAUUAGCAUCGCAGCAAAGACAGAUGGGUCACAAUUCGACCAAAUUUUAGUAAUAAUUUUCAUAGGGGUUCCAUCUGAAUGAACAUUUAUGUAAGCCUUUUUUAUACUAUGAAAGAAUCAUAAUCACUUGCAAAUAGGCUGGUCAGUGUUAGGUAGAGAGACCAAAUGCAAGUGAGAAUGCAUUGCUAAUAUUGCUCUCUACAUUUAUUGUAUGAAUGAAUAAUUUCUGUAAUCACAAUUUUUUUUUGCACCUACCUAAAUUCCUUCAGUAAACUACCUUUUUACGACAUUGUAAUUCCUUAAUUCAGGGUAGAGUAGGGGCGACCAGAUGGACCUGAAUACCUUCAGUGACACAACUUAAAUAUUUCAUUUGGUGGAAAUACAGCUUUCUAUGGAACUGAGUUUCAAAAACCAAAUUGAUGAUAGUUUACAGGAGCAGACAACUUUGUAGGGCAGAAUAUAUAAAAGGGGAAAAAAGGGAUCAGGAGAUACAUGCAGUGUUAGUACAAAAGGUUACACUCAUACAUGCUAAUCACAGAGAAAAACUCCUAAACUGCAACAGACAAAGAACUAAUUUGCCAAUAGGUAAUAGCAAAUGAAUAUGCUCCUUUUCCUUUUUUUCUUCAUCCUGAAACAGAAACAACGUAUUCCAAAAACUAAUAUUCCCAAAACAGAAUAAAUAUUGCAACUGCAUUUUUUGUAAUUUCUAUUAUUUCUCAUUUAACACAAUAUUCAAACAUAUUGUGAAUUUAUAUAAAAUAUUACUAAUUUUAUACAGAAUUCCUGUCCAUAAACUAAUAUUUUUUCAGCUGUAAACAAAUGAGUAUGGCAUGGACAUAGCAUCUGUCCAAGAGUCUAACGGCUUUGCCCUAUGUGUAUCAUUAAGUCAUAUUGAGAAACACAACAACAAGUGUACAAAAUGUAAACCCUUUGAAAAGUCUAAUAAAUUUUGUGAUUUUAAUGGGAAAAGCAUGCCGUUUUUCUCAACAGGGAUACUCUGAUAUUCUUGCAAGCAAAACUGCCCUCUUCAAAACAUGUCAUUUUUCAGUUUAUCCUAAACCUAUUCAUAGGCAAAGAAGAAACUAGAGUUUUGUGAUAUUUAGCAUGUCACACAUUUGGCAUCUCUAUAUCACCGAAUCCCAUGUCAUGGAUUUGUUCCUUCCUGGAAGGAGGAAUCUAACAUUUGUAAGGUGACUUUUAACAUUAUAAGAAAUUGCAAGUGUAUGAUAUGAUUUCCCCCUUAAAAGUCUUCUCCUAAUUUUUGAUACAUGGGUAGCUUGUGGGCCUGUUUGGCAAUACAUGGAACACCUGAUUCAGCCCUGAGCAUGGAACCAGCAUCCUGCACCGUCAUUGCUUCUGCUAAUUCCAGACGUUUGUUGAGGUCAGUCCCAGAAAACUGGCUUAAGGCUUUUAUGCAUAUUUACCUCUGGAAAUGGACCCCACAUGAAUUUUUUUUGAUAUCAUAUUUAUUUGUUUGGUUAUUUUUCAUAUUUUUAACUGCCCAUCUCUCUUGGAGAGGGGUUCUAGGUGAUGUACAAUAUAAUCAAUAAAAUUAAACAUUAAAAUCAUAAUAAGUUAGGAUUAAAAGUUUUAAAAUUAUAAAACAGAAAAUUUUCAGAAGGUGAAGAAUUCCAAAAUAGUGAUUAACAGCUGUUCAUACAGCAGUGGGGGGGGGGAGUUCUCAUGGGACCAGCCAGCCCCAUGGUUGUUUGGGCCUCUAUAUCCCCUCAUAAGGCUACACAGCCAAGUUUUGACCCUUUUGAGGAAGGCCAGUGUUCUCCAUCUACAGGCAGAAUGGGACAACUCACCACACCCAACUUGCCAUGGUCAACUUGCUGCAGCCUAUUCGCCACGGCCAAUUCACCAUAGGACAAUUUGCCAUGUCCAACUCGCCACAGGACAAUUCACUAUGGCACAAUUCAACAAUUCAAUAUAAUAUUUAAAAUAGUUUUUAAAAUAUUUUAAUUUUUGUCAUUCACAUUUCAUUCUGUCUCUCCUUUGGCAUCCUUUUUUAAAUGAUUCUAGUCUACUGUUUCUUCAAUAUUAGUGUAACUCUUGUCCCGUGGUGUGUUGUUCCAUAGUGAAUUGGCCAUGCCAAAUUGUCCCACAGCGAGUUGGCUGUGGCGAGUUGGCCAUGAUGAGUUGGCUGUGGCGAGUUGUCAUAGACCCUAUGUGGAGUGGAGUAGGCUAUAGUUCCUGUUGUAGAAUUCAAUGAAGUCUCAAAGUUUCUCCUACUGUAAAAUUUAGACAAAAUCUGAUUCACUUACAUAGUAAUUAAUUACUGAGUUUAAGCAUCAAGUUAUACCAACAUAGAGUUUUUUAGGUUAGCAUGUUGUGUGGAACCCGUUACUGUGCUUUGUAAAAUAUGAUUCAUGGCUUACCAUAUCAAAGUUAGCCAACUGGGAUUUAUUCACAAAAACACAGCUUAGUGCCAGUGCAAACCCAAUCCUUAUGUUAAAAAAAUACAAUUCUAUAACAUCAACCAUCUCAAAGUUGUUAGGUUUUCAUAACACACAAUUCCUGAAACCAUAUUAAAGCAUUAGCAGUGACUAUUUGGAAUUUGAUAUUUCAUUUGUGAACAAAAAUAGGUUUCUAACACCAUAUCUCAAUUUAGAACUAUCUUGAUUUCCAACUGAGACAGUACCUCUGAUAAUUAUUUGGGGUAUAGAGAUACAAGCUUUGGGGAGCUUGUAAUGCCAGAAAUUACGUUUCCCAGAAAUUUAAGCACCUAUUAUAUAUGAAAAGCUUAACUCCAGAAUAAUAUUUUUGUAAUGCUGCAGCCAAUGGCUGACAAUGUUAUGUAACAACCAAAAAUCUGCUGGAAGCUACAUGGGCUGAUAUACAGUGGAAGGAACAGUCCAAAGAAGUCUCACCAGUUUGUCUUCUAGGCUUUCAUAAUGGCAUAACCCACCAAUAGUCAAGCACUAUAAACAUUCGUUCCUGCUUCAAGUUAGUUCCUGAGCCCCCAUAGGUAUUUCUUUUCUCCGAAAGAAACUGUGAGUGCCAUAUGACUGCUGAAGUGAGCAGCCAAAAUGGUUUUUCUGACUAAAAUAAUAGCUUUGGAAAAAGAAAUGCCUAGAAAUUGAUCAUUUCAUUUAUGUAUGAUUUGUGUAUGGACACAUCUAGUAUGGCUUCACAUUACAUGCACUUGAGAAAUAGAGUCUUAUGAUUUGUCAUAGGUAUAUAUAUCUUCAUUUUUUGGUAUACAUAUCCAUGUCUCCCAUUCUCUCUCUCUCCCUCUCUCUCUCUCUUUCUCUGUAUUACAGAUGCAACAUUAAAAGACAGCCUUACAUCUAUGUUGUUAUCACCUUUUAGAAAAAUAUCUAAGGAAAAAACAGGUUAUGGUCUUCAUUGUUUGUUGUAAGACUUGUUAGAUGUAAGACAGAUUCUUAGAUCUGCUGUGGUGUUCUAUUGUACCUAGUUCUACCUUUGAAUGUGAAACAGAGGUGUUUAACUUAUGAUGAGUCUCAACAUUGGCUCUCUUGUAAAAACUACUGCCAAUAUUGACAAUGGAACCUACGGUAGACAUGGUCAUAAUUUGUCCAGUGUGUGACCAUUUUGAAAAUGGAAAUGGUAUAGAGUACUCAGAAAUGUACUUCAGCUACUGAACUAUAAAAUUCUUAUUCAAGGCUAAAGCAGUUUCACUAUUUUUUCACACAGCUUGUUUCCCAUAUCUUGAGUGGUUUUUUAUAUAUAUAAUUUUGUAUUGAGUAAAUAUUUAUCUUUAUUUAGAAAAGUAUGCUUUCUAUUCAUUAUUUUAAAAAUGCAUUAUAGUAUAAACAAGAUUGCUGUAAAUUAGAGUAUAGAUUGAGCAAUAUCUAGUUUGCUGUACAUACAGAAAUUCAUAUAAACCCAAUCCUCAUUUAGAUAUUUCAAACUGAUUGAUCAAUAAUUCUCAUUAAUUUCAGGGAAGACUGUAAAGGAUUUUUAGUUCUAUCAUCUCCACUUAGUAUUAUUUAAUUGAGCUUUCUUUUGAAUAAUAGCUGGUGGACUACUCUGUCAAUUCAUGAGAUAUUAGAUUGGAUUAAAUUUCAUUUUAAAUGGGAAUUAUUAUCUUACACUUGGCUGAUUUUAGCAUUAGGCUGUUUUGUAGUUUAGAUUAGGGCCUGGGCAAGUCAGAUAGGAAUAUAUGUAUAAAUACUGUGGGAUCAUUUCAAAACAAGAAAUAUAAGACUUGUGGCAUAAUACUUUCAGAAGUAUGGGUAACUACAGUACCAAUUCUCUAAGUUGUACAUCCCUUAUAUAUUGCUUAGCAGUGCUAUAUCAAGGCUGAUUACAGAUAAUAAGGGAGUGCUUUUGAAGACACCAGGUUAGCAGUGGGUGUGGGGUUGGCCCACUGCUGCCCACACAUGAUCAGCUCUUUGUGAUCAGUGGUGGCAUAGAAACAAUGGAGGAAAAAAUAUUUAUUCAAGUCAACUUUGAUUUCUGAUGACUGCCCUCUAGUGUUUUCUUGGCAGCCUUUUUUGGGAAGGAGUUUGCCCCUUGCAUUCUUCUGAGAGAGAAGGACUGGCCCAAGAUCAUCCAGCUGGCUUUGUGCUCAAGAUGGGACUAGAACUUGCUAGUUACACAAUCCCUGCUUAGCAUUAGUCAAUUGCUGGGAGGCUCACUAAUUAUAUGCAAAGAUAAGUAUGAGUCCAGCUGUCAUUUCUUAAUAUAAAUAUAUGUUUAAGAAUAACAUGAAGUUGUAUGCUUACCUUUCAUUUGAAAGGUAAUGGAAGCUGUUUCUAUAAAGUUUGCUUAUUGCAGAUCUAUUAAAAGUUUUCCUAUCUCAGGAGAACAAGUGACAUCCUAUAUAUGACAUAGAUACACCCCCGUUCCACAUAAGGCACACAAAAGGGAGUUUGGUUUUAUUGAACAGUCUAUGGAGUUGAUCUCCCCAAGUUAAGGCCUUCUCCACCACCUGCCAGCCUCGGUUCCUGCUUCAGUAUUUUUCCUUUUUCCUCCUUUCACAAGUAGCUGCAUGUUUGUAUGUUUGAGUUCAGUCUAUGAAACCGUUUUAUUUCAACUACAGCCACCCAGAAAUUCCUGUGUAAUUGCUGCACUGUACCACUGAAAAAAUAAAGUCCCUAAAAACAAUAAACUUGAGAGAACUUC